UAGGGGUCGGCUGCUUGUGAUCCACUCCCGGGUGCGGCCAUAGGUGUUUUGCGGCCUCUUUCUGCUUUUAGGUUCUCUUUUGGGAACGGUUUCCCGGUCAGUCACCUUCCCUUCUCCAGCUCUCCCCUCUACCGCCUUCACACAAUUCCGGCUGGGCCUGGAGUUCACGAAACAACACCCUGUGAGAAGAGUUUCAAGAGGAUCUUUCCUUGAAAAGAACCCAAUUAAAGUAAGCUUUGUCCCAAGCUCUUCCAGCUCCAGAUGGCUGUAGAAUCAAGGGAGACUGUAGGCCUAUCUCCUCUGGUACAGGCUCCAGAGGAAGGUCUUGUGAUAGUAAAAGUAGAGGAGGAAGACCACAACUGGGACCAGGAAUCCAGCUUCCAUGAGCCUAACCCUCAUGGCCAGGAGGUCUUCCGCCAGCGCUUCAGACAGUUCUGCUACAGGGAGACACUGGGGCCCCGUGAAGCUUUGAUCCAGCUUCGAGCCCUUUGCCAUCAGUGGCUAAGACCAGAUUUGCACACAAAGGAGCAGAUCCUGGAACUGCUGGUGCUAGAGCAAUUCCUGUCCAUCCUACCUGGGGAACUUCAGACAUUGGUUCAGGAGCAUCAUCUAGAAAGUGGAGAGGAGGUGGUAACAGUGUUGGAGGAUUUGGAGAGACAUAUUAACAUACUAGGACAAGAGGUCCCAGCUCAUGCCAGUGGAAUGCCCUGGGAAGAGAGAACAACUCUGGGAGCACAAGAGCCACCAAGUAUCCAGCCACAGCCUAUGGGACUUAAGUGUGACUCUUCAGAUCCCCAGAUUCUACAAGAAAGAGUUCUGCCCAUUUCCCAGGCUCCUGCUUCGUCUCAGAAGGGAAACCCACGAGACCAGGAGAUGGCAGCUGCACUUCUUACAGCUGGGUUCCAGACUUUGGUGAAGAUCGAGGACAUGGCAGUGUCUCUCAUUCAGGAGGAGUGGGGACUUCUUGAUCCAGCACAGAAAGACCUCUGUAGCGAUGGCAGGCCAGACAAUUAUGGCCACGUGUACUCCUUGGGUGGUGAGACCAGGAGUGAGAACAGGGAUUUAACUCAGAAACAGGUAAUAUCUGCUGAAAUGGAACCAAAUGGAGAGAGAACUGCCAAACGCAAUGGAAAUGUUCCUGAGAGUAUUGACCAUGGACAAGCUAGUGAAUAUACGGGCAGGUUAGACCGACGGCGAGGAAACCCCACCACCGGAGAAAGACGACAUAAAUGUGAGGAAUGUGGGAAGAGCUUUGCCCAAAGCUCAGGCCUUGUACGACACUGGAGAAUCCACACUGGGGAAAAACCUUAUCAGUGUAAUGUGUGUGGUAAAGCCUUCAGUUACAGGUCAGCCCUUCUUUCACAUCAGGAUAUCCACAACAAAGUAAAACGCUAUCAUUGUAAGGAGUGUGGGAAAGCCUUUAGUCAAAACACAGGACUUAUUCUACAUCAGAGAAUCCACACUGGGGAAAAGCCCUAUGAAUGUAAUCAGUGUGGGAAGGCUUUUAGUCAGAGUGCAGGCCUAAUUCUACAUCAGAGAAUCCACAGUGGGGAAAAACCCUAUGAAUGUAAUGAAUGUGGAAAAGCUUUUAGUCAUAGUUCUCACCUUAUUGGACAUCAGAGAAUCCACACUGGGGAGAAACCCUAUGAAUGUGAUGAGUGUGGAAAAACUUUCAGGAGGAGCUCACACCUCAUUGGCCAUCAGAGAAGCCACACUGGGGAGAAACCCUACAAGUGUGGUGAAUGUGGGAGAGCAUUCAGUCAGAAGUCAGGCCUUAUUGAACAUCAAAGAAUCCACACAGGAGAGAGACCCUAUAAAUGUAAAGAAUGUGGGAAAGCUUUCAAUGGGAACACAGGCCUUAUUCAACACCUGAGAAUCCAUACUGGGGAGAAACCUUAUCAGUGUAGUGCAUGUGGAAAGGCCUUUAUUCAAAGGUCGAGUCUUAUUCGACAUCAGAGAAUACACAGUGCAGAAAAAUCUGAAUCUACAUAAUAUGUAUGAAAGCUUUCAAUUACAAUUCAGGCAUUAUUCAACCAUUAGAGAAUUAGAUGCCAUCCCUCAGAGCCUAGAAGAGUGCUUUGCAACUAGUAGGGUGCUUAAUAAAUGUUUGUUGAAUUUGAAUUGAAACUACACUGGAGAGAGUCCCUGUCAUUGUUGUAAAUGAGUGAAAAGUUAGUCACUGUUAUAACCGUAUCUAUUAUCUAGUAUCAUAGAAUUCACAUGGUAUAGCCACAUUAUACUAGCUCUUCAGAGCAAGUUGGGCAAAAUUUACUGAUAUUUUGACCCUUUAAGUAAUGGGACAAAGCUUUUAAGUUGCCUGUUUAUUCUCUGAAAUUGAAAAAUGUGUUUCAAUUAGCUGCUUAUUUACCACCCAAGGAAUUUAACUGUGGUUCUGGUCAAGUAGCUAUGGAUUUGAGAGCCACUACUACUUCUUUCACCACUGCAUUUUGUCUUUCUCAUUGUUUUCCUUCAUGUAUCUUUGUUGAAAUUACUGUCAUGUGCCUAAUUGGAUGUAUAGUACUACUUUAGAAUAUCAUGAGGCUUCAUGAAAAACUUCAAGCUUUAUAAGACAUAGAAAAACUUUGGAAAAAUACUUAAUCCCAUCAUGCUAAUAUAUCCACAUUUUAUUGUAAAUGCUUCUGUGAUUGUCUCCACUGUUUGUGAAUUCUUUAUUGCUAUUUGAAUUCAGAAUGCUAUAUUUUAAAAACCAUACCCAAAGGGUCUUUCUUUUUGUCAUGUCAUUUAUUGACUCCUUUGGAUACACAAACCAAUAUUAUGUCUAUUACUUUUGGUGAAGUCAUCAAAGGAAGUGAAAGCAAAGUAAUUAUGGUAAGAGUAAUUUAGAAAAAUAGGUGAGCAGAAACCUUUGCCUAGUUUUUCUGUCCAAGUGAAUUUUAUUUUAUAGCUCCCCCUGCUAAACCCAUGCCAUGCAACACUAAGGAUGCCACAGACUGGGGAAAAACAGAGGCUCAAGAUAAAAUAUUUCUAAAGAAUAUACAUUUCUUCUGGACCAUUAUUUCUGUUCUCUGUCAUGUUCUCUAUUAUCCAGCUUGUUAAUUGGGUUGUUUGUCACUACCCUGGAUUUAACCUCCAUAAAUGACAUAAGCAGCUGGUACAUACUGUUCUUUUUUUUCUUUGUUUCUGGCUAUUAACUUCAGUGAUUUUAGCAUCUGUUUUGAUAACCCAGGCAUAACCUCAGUUUUAAAGGUCCUUUCUCUCCUGGACUAUAUUGACCUCCAUCUCUACUCUCCAUCAGGCAGACUAACCACCAGGGACACACCAUGAACUUGAUGAUCAUAAUUCUCUGCUCGCAGAGGUUUCCAGGAUAUGAGGUGUGACUAUAAAAUGAGAGGUUGAUAUUUUAAACUACCAUACCAGAAAUCAGGAAGCCAUAUGGUUUUUCCAGUGAUACUAUUACUCCUCACGAUUUCCUUGGAACUCCUUAUUUGUAGUUAGCUUCUGAGCCAAUUUAAAAGUCAUUCAAGAAACUCAUGCCUAUUACUAAUAGUUUUAACUCAAAAUUUUUUCUAAAAUUGUAUUUUCCAAUUUGAUAAUCCCUUUAUUAGUAGCUUGGAUACAGACUCCUCUGGGUUGUUUUUGAAAACCAGAUACCAUCAAUCAAAAGAUUUUCCACUUGUAAGGAUAUUAAAAAGCAUGUGAUAUGGUAUCUGAAUGUAAUUCCAAAGGAAUCUCAAGGAAUGCUUUGAGUAUUUACUUGGUUGGAAUGAUUAUAAGGUCUUCUAAUGUAACUACUUUAAAAGGAUAGCAAUUAUUUAGAGGUAUAUGAGAAGCAGUAUAGAAUAGUAGAUAGAAUGCUGGACUUGGAGUUAGGAAAACUUAGCUUCAGAUCUUGCUUCUGACAGUAAUUUUGUGAUGCUGGGUAUGUCACAAGCAAUUAUAUGUGACUUAAUCAGUUCCCUUGGACACAUCUACAUCAUAGAUGGGUUGUAAUCUGUGGUAGUGGAAGGGACUUUUCCCUUCCAAAGCAAGAGUUCCCUACUUAACACUGACAAAAUCAGAUUCUCAUAUGUGUUUGUUUUUUUAAUCUCAUAACCUUAUAGGUCAUAUGUUAUAGUAGAUCAAACCUCCUCCUUUUACCCUGCCCCCCACUAAAAUCUCCCAUGUGACAUCUUUAUGGCACCCUUCCUUAAUUAAAUUUCCCCCCACCAAACUGUGUUUUUGAGUAUUAUAUUUAGUUUCAGCUCAUAUUGCUUGCCUUCUACACUGACCCUUCUCCGUUAGUCACCCAAUACCUCAUUAUCGAAAUCUUUAGCCCUUCCCCCUUCCUCACUUCCCGUCUCUUAGUCCAUUGUAAUAUCCAGCCAUAGAUAAUCCCGUAGAAAGCUCCUUUCAGAUAUAUACUUGUUAAGUAAUGAUUUAGAAAAUUCCAGAACCAAGCCUACUCACUAACCUACUAUAGAUUCUUAUUCUUCUUAUUCUUCCUUAGUUUCCUUAAGAUAUAGAUUUUGCUUAGGACAUAUUUUGUGUACAGACAUGUUCCUUAGGGUGAGAUUUCUGAUGGACAAUAAAAACAUCUUUGAUGUGGACUCUAUCAUGUCUCUUAUCCCUCCCCUUUUCAUUUAUUCAACAGACAUUAAUUAUGUGCCUUCUGUAAGGAGACCUCUUUACUAGAUUCUAGGGGAGAUUAAAAAACAAUUUAGAAAAUAGUACUUGCCUUCAUGGAGCUUACAUUCUAAAAUGUUACAGUUAUAGUUAGGGGAUUUCAAAGUUGGAAAAGACCCAGGGGCCAUCCUCAAUCCAUUCUUGACCAAGAGUGCUUUUUAAAACAUUCCCAGCAAGAGAUUGUACAGUCUAUACAGAUAUCCACUAAUGAGUAAUCUACCUCCUUAGACAGGCACUCCACUUUUAGAUAGGUUUAAUUGGUUGGGAGCUUUUUCUUGUUACAAGCCUAAAUCUGCAGAUUCUGACCAUUGUCAUAGUUCUUCCCACUGAGACCAAGCAGAAAAUGCCUAAUGAUGCUUCUACUUAACAGCCCUUCAGAUACUUGAAGAUAAUUAUCAUGGUCUUUGAAAGAUUACUAACAGUGACUCAUCACCCAUAUCUGGCAGUUUUUUCCAGUAUCUUUGAUGUGUAGUUAUUUGGAACAGAUAACAUUCAGGAGCUUUCUUAUUGUAUUCUUACUUAGGAUGUCAAAUCCUUAUUAGGCAUUCAGCCUUUAUGCACCUUGAUGGAGAAAAUAAAAUCAAAGUAAGAAUUAAUGAAUUUAUCCUUUCCAGUCUUUUCAUCAUCAUCUAAUCCACUCCAAGACUAGGCCUAUCCCUUCUUUGAUACUCUAACGAAACCUAAAAAAAAAUUUCAUUUCUUGCUUAUCUAGAAGCUUAUUCUGAGCUUUAGUCCUCUAGUCUCUAUACUUUAUAGCAUCAUGCCGUGUUUUUUAUUCAUCCUGUUUUCUACCAAAGCUAGUCCACAUUUUGCCUCUUUUAGACUCACCUUACUCCUUGAAAUUUGUGUGUCUGUCUGUCUGUCUUCAGAGUUUUAUUCUGUGAGACCUUUCCACCCUUUGGGGGCUUACCCUGUCGAUUUGGGCCGUGGGACUUUUUCUAUUCUUGCUUUGAACCUUUCAAAAUCUGCCAAAAUCUAGAGUGCAUUUUAAACUUAGCAACCUUCUUUGCUGUCAUAAAUUCUAAAAUGCUUCUCAUUGUUUCUUUAUUGAUAAGAAUCAGGUCCAAAACAGUAGUGUCCCAGUCUCUCUCUAUCUUUCUCUCCUUCCCCGCCCCCCCAUCUGCUUCUAGAAGGAUGAAUGCCAAAGCAAAAAUUUAUUUGGGCAGUGAGAGAGCUCCAGCAGAUACAUAGAUAAUCAGAAUCCUGAAUCACUAUAGUAUGUUCCUGUGUUCUCUUUCUUGAACUCCUUAUUUAGUUCUCCUCAUCCUGUCCAGGUAGGUCUAUAAUAUACUCUCAUGACAGAAUUACUGCUGUUUCUCCCUCUGCUGAUCUUCACCCAGAUGCUUUCAAGUUUUCCCACUCUGGUUUUUGGAGUUCAUCUUCUUUAUAUUUAAUACCACUCUGUACCCUUUUAAUCUCUUCUGUUCUUUUUCAGUAAAGUAUUCUAGAACUAUAAUCCAGGCAUAGGUCUCAGGCCACAAAAUCUUUCACUCAGGUCUCUAGUUGACCCUAUCCCUAACUUGAGACCAUGGGUUUUAUUGCUUAAAUUUUGCUUUCUGUGAAUUAUUCUUCCUGUGUUAUAAUUGCUGCUCUCUUUGGUAGUUUGCUUUGUAAAAGAACUUAGGCAGUUUUCUCCCUCCUUUUUUAGUUUAAAAUCAGUUGUCCUCCCUUCCCAGUCAACCACCAACUGUCAUGACGUAUAACUGCUUUUCCAAAACCACUUGUUUUUUUAUUACAGUAUUACAAUAUAUUAAAAUCAUAAUAUUUUGAAGUUGUAAGGGAUGGAUUACUCAUUUUACAAGUGAGGAAUCUGAGAUCCACAAAGGUUAAGUGCCUUGCCACCCAACAAAAAUUAAAUUUCUCUGUUUUACAUUUAGGGUAAGUCUUAGGUCUGUUCGGGAUGAGGUGAAAAAUACAAAUCUUUGUCAUUUUGUUUUUCUCUGUUAAGAGGAAAUAUGUAGAGCUGUGCCCAUAGGACAUGGAGUUUAGGAGAAUUACUCUGCAUAAAUAAAGCAAUUACCUUAAAACAUCUAAUGUUCCUCUCAGUUAAGGGGAAGUGAGAUAUGUUGAGCAAAGUGAAUGAAAGUGGAGGUUUUGUCCUCAAUAUAAGAGAUGGAAAAAAAAAAGAAUUGACAAAAGUUCUAGUUCACCCACUGGCUGAAAUAUGAAGAACCUUCUCUUAAUCCAGUUACUUCUUCCAACUACAAUCUUAUUUCUCUUCUACUCUUCUUGGAAUGGAGGAAAUAAGCAUUUAUAAAUGCCUUCUAUAUGUCAGAUACUGUGCUAAGUGCUUUACAAGUAUCUUAUUUGAU